AUGGCGCACGAUGCAGGCGCCGAGACGGAGGAAAAGUUGGAGGGCCCCGCAAGGAAGAAGGCAAGGAGGGUGAAGGGUGAUGAAGGCAUUCCAGGCAGAGGAGAAAGCACGGGGCAGGAACCAUCACUGUCGCGACUCACAGCGAGGCAGCUGGCUGUUGCAAGGCUUGUGUCGUCUUACAAGUAUGAGGGCAAGAAAGUGUUCAAGCAGCUGCUGGAGCGGCAGGAGAAGUGGAGGAGCGAACUCGAGUCAGGGGGAAGGCCUCCCAUACAACCAUUCGUCCUUGGGGAACAAGCACCAGAGGAAACGAUGUUGCACUCGUCUUUGUCCAACAAGCGGCGCCACGUGCCCUGGAAGCAGGCGGAAAGGGAGGCACUCAAAAAGAGCUUCCUGUCGUUUGGCUUUGGGCGAUGGAGGGAGAUCGAUGCGACGAUGCAUGCUGGGCAGAAGUCCGUGAGACAUGGCGGGGGUGACAUGGAGGACGCAUGCUGGGAGUUUGUGUCAGAGCUGCUUCACCACGUGGACGGAAAGGAGGCUGAGUACAUUAGGCUGCAGCUGGAGAGCGUCAAGAGGCAGCUGCCCAUCACCACCCCUGGCGUGCCAUGGACGAAGGUGCAGAGCUCGGCAAAAAUCUGGACCAGACGGCUGCAGCUUCUGGACAACAUCACGCUCAUUGCUGAGCAGCUUGCGGAUGAUGAGAUGAGGAGGUUCUUUGAACGCUCACUGAAAGGGAUGUCGGACACGAACCUCCCCGCCCCCUGGUGGAGUGCCAGUGCGGACCUGGCACUGAUAGCUGGAGUGCACAAGCACGGAUACGGGAACUACGAGGCUGUGCGCACAGAUCCCCAGUUUGCGGUGGCCUUUUGGGGGGCAUACCUUCCAGAUCCACCUGAGGGCCAGGACGCGGACCCAGAGGGGAGCUACUACACACCACCAGAGGAGAAGGGAGAGAAUUGGCAGCCAAAGCAGGCGCCUGUGCAGUGGCCGGCUACAGAUAUCCUGACCAAACGUCUCAAGCGCGUCACAGAGAACCUCAUCAAGGCGCAGCAGCAGCAAAAGGAUGAUGCUGCCAUCAAGAGCAACAGAGACAAGGUUGAGGAUUCGUCCACGACGGGUGUGUGGAGUCGCAAGGAGAAGACCGACAUGUUGAAGACGCUAAUGGCCUUUGGGCUUCCAGAUCCCGUUGAUGGGGGAUCACCCAAUGGGGAGCUGUGUGACCAUAGUUCUGAAGAGGAGAAGACAGCCGAAGAGGGUGCCGGCAUCACGUGGGAGUUCCUGGGCCGCCAGUGCGGCCUCCCUGGGGCCCAGGGGCCUGACUGCAUCCGCGAUAUCUGCAAUGAGUUGCUGGAUGAGGCAGGCAGCGUGUUGGAGGAGGCGGGCGGCCUGACGCGCAAGGCAGUGCACAGCGAGAACUGCCAGUGCGUGGUGUGCAACAACAGGAGGAAAAGCAGGCAAAGGAAGCUGGUGGGAAGAAGCUCGACUGUGCCCAAGUCAGAAGAAGAGGAUGGAGUGACUGGGGCGAUGGAGGACAGCACAGAUGGUGCUGCGCUCCUUGGGGAUCCCGGCUCAGCAGGAGAUCCUGACGAUGAUGGAGCCGGCGAUGCAGACGAGCCAAGCUCAGACAUUGUGGAGGACAGGAAGGCAAGGCACAUACCAGCGAUGCUCCGCGUACUGACCCCCCAGACGGCCGCCCGGCUGAAGGAGCGGCUGGACAUGCUGCAGGUGCUGCGAAGGGGCCUGAUGCUGCUGAAUGACCACACCCUCACCAGGUCGCUGGCCAGCAAGACUCAGGACAUGCCCAGCUGGUGGAUCGCGGGCCUUCACGACCACAAUCUGGUGCGUGGUGUCUUGCGGCAUGGCAUGGGCUCCUGGCUGCAGAUUGAGAGGGAUCGCUCCCUCCCAUUCAAUGCAAGUGCCAAGAUCUAUGGAAGCACGGGUCAGAAGCUGGUCAUUGACCCAGGGAAAGACGCCACUGACGAGGCCAACAGGAUGGCUGCCCAGGCAGGGCUGGAUCCCUGCCAAGGGAGUGGGGAGGGCAUUCUGCCAGAUGGCAAGGUGCUUAUGAAACGUCUCAAGCAGAUCACGACUCUGCUGAAACGCCUGUUGAAGAGGAGCUCAGGGCGGAAAGGCACCAAGGACACUGGGUCACAGCCGCUGGAUGGUGCCCCUGCUGCUUCCAAGUCCCCCAGCGAGCACCUCUCCAGCCCUAAAUUGGUGGACCACGUUGCACAAAAUGUGCUGAAACUCAAGGAAGCCAAACAACUUGGACUGCCACGACCAAAGAAGUUCAAGUACACAAAGAACAUCAAGGUGGAUCGGGACGAUUCAGGGCGACCCAUUUUGCCCCUGUCUCUGACAAGCAUGCUAACUUUGGUGGAGCUGGGACGGAUCGAGCACGUUCGGGUGGCCUUCCACAGUGAGCGGCACAUCUACCCCAUUGGCUUCGAGACACGGCGCACGUACGCAAGCACUGUGGACCCGGGGGGUACCACAAGCUACACGUGCAAAAUCAUGGACGGUGGAUUGAGGCCCCUGUUUCAGAUCACAGCCGAUGACGACCCAGAGCUGGACAUUCGCAACGACACGCCAUCGGGCUCAUGGGUUGAGCUCUUUACACUGGUGAAUGAAGUGAGGGGCAUCAAAAAGGAGAAGGUCACCAUUAGUGGGACAGAUAUGUUCGGACUGUCUCAUCCUGUCAUCAGCAGGCUCAUUCAGGAGCUGCCCAACGCCAACAAAUGUGCCUACUUCAUCCCCCAACUGUCGUUCUACCCCCCUGAGCGCGCCACCAACGACUCAGAGGAGCCCCAAAGGGACAGCACAGAUCUGGAAGCCCUUUCCAGCCAAGACCCACCCUUUGGGGAGAACCCCGCAAGGACGACCGCCAUGAAACUGGAAAUGGGGUCUGCUUCCAUCGAUCCACCUCCCCAUGCCCAUCCCUUGACAGGCAUGAAGCAGCAGCUGUCAGUCGCUAUGCCCUCCCCAAGGCCCCUGGGCGAUCAGCAGGCAGGCGUUGACUUGGGCAGCAUUUACGAGGACCAGCAGCGGGUCAACCUUAGGGGUGUGGUCGUAGAGCCUGCCAGGCCCAACGAAUACAGGCCCCAGCUGCUGGCGGCCACCUCCCCCAGCCCUGAGACAUCCGCCCCAUCCCAGCCGCUCAGCUUGUCCCCCUGCUACAUGCCCCUCUCCUCCGGGCUGUCAGGCGCGCACCUGGACCAAGUGCUGGCAGGCUCCCAUGGCAGCCGCCUCUGGCCCACCCAGACCCUGGCCCUGAUCGCCGCACUGCCCCAGACCAAGGCACCGCCCGCCACUGGCGCGGGCCCCAUUCCCGAUGCGGGUGCCCACAAUGGCAAUCUGCCCUCUUUCCUCCAGCCCCAGAUCCAGCAGCCCCUGGGUGGCACCCCACAGCUCCAGGCCCAGCUGUCGACGCAGCACAUCAUCGACAGGUCGGGACAGGGCAGCCACCUGCUGGCCCAGCUCUCGGCGCUGAAGAACAUCCCGAUCGUCUCUGGAAAGGGCAUCAAGGCGGCGGAGUUGGGUGCUGGCGGGCUGGUGGGCGUCCGGCCCGCCCACCAGGCCUACCAAUCCCAGUCCCAGCCUCAGGGCCAGCACGCCAGGGCGCAGCCCAGCACCGGAUUCCAGACAAUGCACAAACGGGGGCCCCUCUCCUCUCUCCGCGCUCCUGCUGUCCUGACCUCUGCUGGACCCGUCUCCCUCACGCUCGCCCAGCAGCAGCAACUGUACUCGCAGCUGCAGAGCCGCUCGCUGGCCGCCUCCGAGGCCACGCAGGGGCGGAUCCUGCACGGGCUGCCCAUCACCCUGAGGGACCCUGCCUACGGCAUGCACGCCAACAUGCCCAGGAUUAGAUUCGUCAGCGGUGGCGGCGGGGUGCCGCACGAGGGGGACGGCGCAUUGAGGCCGACGCUGGGCGGCCUGGAGAUGGGCAGGGCUGGCUGCGAGCAGGUGAUCCAGCAGGGGGGGGUGAUGGGGUCUUGGGUGGUGGCCCAGGCGUCUCCGAUGACGGGCCGGGUGGCGGCCGCGGCAGGCCAGGGGGCCCUCGGCCAGCCCAGAGAGCCACAGGCCGGAGCCAGGGACAGCACCGAGAGGCACAUGGGGAGGGACAGGGCGCACAGCCCGCAUGGGGAGCAGCACCCCCCCAGGUAG